UUUAAAACCGAAGUCGAAUGAACGGCUAACCUCAGCCGGCACUUUCUUCGCUCAGUUGUCUUCGCUCCGUCGCGUCUUACCCUGUGACGAGACGUUCUCCGUGUUUGUUGACGUGGACGCAGUCGAGUGGCCGAACGAACAUGUCGAAAAAAGAGCAAAGCGGCGCUGCCAAAGCGUAUCUCACGCUCUACAACUCCGCUCAAACCUUGAGCUGGACUCUGAUCCUUGUGAAGACUCUACUCUACUUCCAAGAAAAAAAAUGCUAUAAGGGUGCCUUCGAGAACGUGGAGUGGGAGCUAGGAAUCGCACAAACCGCAGGAUUCCUCGAAGUUGUUCACUGCCUCGUCGGUCUCGUGAGGUCGAACCCCUUCUUGACGUUCAUUCAGAUCCUCUCGCGUGUCGUGGUCUAUUACGGAGUUCUCGUCAUAGUUCCAGAGUCGAGAGUGCAAAUCGGUCUGCCCAUGCUCUUGGUGGCUUGGUGCAUCGCCGAAAUAACGCGUUACCUCUUCUACGUUCUCGCUCUGUAUGACGCCUGCCCUCCCAUUCUCAUCUGGUGCAGAUACUCUUUCUUCUUAAUUCUGUACCCAACGGGAGUUUCGGGUGAACUCCUCUCGAUGUACUCAGCUCUACCCCUCAUCAGGAAAAGAAGUCUUCUAACCGUGAGCUUGCCGAACGACUUCAACUGGUCGUUCGAUUACCAUUGGUUCAUGAUUUUCGUCAUGCUUACCUAUAUUCCCGGUUUCCCUCAAAUGUACGGUCACAUGCUCAAGCAACGCUCCAAGGUGCUCAACCCGCCCAAAGUUAAAUCUCAAUAGGUGUCGGACACCAUGCUAGGUACCGCCAAUAUUAACAAUAUUAGCGACAAUGAUCGCAGCCAGCUCCGGGAGCAUUAGGCAAUUAUCACAAAGUUCAAGUUGAUAAGUGUUGAUAUCGUGCAAUGACGGUCAAUGGCGAGCCUGUGGCCGCGAAGCGUUACGUCCAGACAUUCCAUAUUUAUCGCGGUGAAGUUCUGAGGAGGCACUCAUAUACUCUUAUGUACAUGCGACGAGCGCUCAGGAUUCGGAGCCAGAUCCCCUGUCGGGCAGAAAAGACAGUUGACAUUAUUCUGUACUUAUAUUUUCCAAAGGACGAAAUAAAGGGAAUUUCGACAGAAGGUAA